AUGCUAGAUCCUGAGGGCAGUGUGGAGCACAAGCCUCCCUCUUCCUUCCCCAAAGUUCUCCUCAUCCCUGUAGCCAUGCUCCUUGCAAUUGCAGCGCUGCUGCUCUUAGCCUUUUCCGCUACGCAGCAGAAAGAGACUGAUUUUUACACUUUCAAAGUUGUAAACAUCAGGGGCAAACUAGUCUCUCUGGAGAAAUACAGGGGCUCGGUGUCACUAGUUGUCAACGUUGCAAGCGAGUGUGGGUAUACAGAUAGCCACUACAAGGCCUUACAACAGCUACAGAGAGACCUCGGCCCGUAUCAUUUCAAUGUCCUGGCAUUCCCGUGCAAUCAGUUUGGGCAGCAAGAACCAGACACCAACAAAGAAAUUGAGAGUUUUGCACGAAAGACUUACAGUGCCUCCUUCCCUAUGUUCAGCAAAACAACAGUCAGUGGAGCCGGUGCAAUUCCUGCCUUCAAGUAUUUAAUUGAUUCCACAGGAGAAGAACCAACCUGGAACUUCUGGAAAUACCUGGUGGACCCCAAUGGGAAAGUAGUAAAGGCCUGGGACUCUACUGUCUCUGUUGAAGAAAUAAGGCCUUAUGUUACAGAGCUUGUAAGGAAAAUCAUCCUGAAGAAGAAAGAUGAAUUAUGACGUUUGAAAAUCCCAGCAUGCCACUUACAGCUUUAUUGAGAAUUAGGACUGGACUUCGUCUUUUCACAUUCCAAAAGAGAGUAUAUGGAGAAGGGAAAUUAUGACCAGUGGAAUCUAUAUUCACCAUCCUAAGAAUGUAGAAAACAGCAUGGUCAAAGUAAUGUAAAUUUUGUCUCCAGCUGAUUUCAGUUUGACCUUUCUGGGAAGGAAUAACUCAUCAGCAAUUGUUUCCUUCCCAGUUCAAAUUAUUAAUUGUUGGUAAUACUAUAGGAAGUUACUUCAUGUACCUGUAG